AUGCUGAGUCCCAGCCAAUUCAAUAUCUUCUGUUUCGCCCACGGGCUGCCGGAGAAUUCACUCGAUCUGUUCCGUCGAGUCCGGACGCAAAGCAAAGUCCGUGAUCACUCAACACUCCGAGACUUCAUCUCCCACACAACGCUGGUUUUGCGAGAAGAGAUUCGGUCCCUACCAGAAAGCCUCCGAUGCCAGCUACCACCAUUUGACAAUGUAUUGGAUCUGGCGGAAUUGCAAAAUUGGGAACGCGGUCCUCUAGCCGGUGCGUUAGGAGGAAUAUUGCGAUGUUUGUUGCAUAUCACAUCAUUUAUCGGAUAUUACGAGAGAAAACCGGAACAGUUCAAUCUCGCCAAAUCGACAACAUGCUUUGCUGCCCUUGGGGUGAGCAUGCUCGCUGGAGCAGCCAUCGCCGUUUCACCAACUUUAGCAGAUCUCCCCAGGCUGGGUGCUGAGGCUAUUCUAAUUGCACUGCGCAUAGGCGUGCUGGCUGGGCAAACGUCUAGGUGUAUCGAAGCUAGAGAGCCAUCUACUCCACCGGAAAGCUGGACUGCCGCCGUGAAGGACCUCGACGAAGACACUGUCCGGAGAGAAUUGGAUUUAUUCAAUACUUCCACGCAAAAUCCACUGCCUAGCCACGUAUUCGUCAGUGCAGUCAGCGAGGACACCAUCACCGUCAGUGGCCCUCCCUCAAAGCUACGGAAACUUUUCAGGGUUUCUGAGCGUCUCAGAUCGGCACGCUACGUGUAUUUGCCUAUCUAUGGGGGCCUAAGUCAUGCACCUCACAUCUUCAACCAUAGCCAUGUUUACUCGAUAAUGAAAACAGCGGAUGCAGCAGUAGUCGAUCGGGUACUGAUCAACUCCUCUCCUCUCAUCUCCAAUACCGAUGGGUUACCAAUGCAAGCAUCGACACCGCAUGAUAUGUUUGCCGCGGUUGUUUACGAGCUUCUCACAAGCCCAACUCGAUCCCGAAUGGCAAAGGAAGGUGCCCUGGCGGUGAUGGGAACAGCAUGGGCGAAGUGCUCCAUUUUCGCACCUGGCUCAUGCAGUUUAGCAACGGACAUUGCUGCUCAUGGCGCAUCUGCAGCUCCCAGUUGCAAUUUCCAAAUUCUCAAUUUGAUGGACUGGCUUGAUGAGGAUACCUCGGAGACAGCACCUCUCAGGCGAGAGGACUCCAAGAUUGCCAUCGUGGGGAUGUCUUGCCGAAUGCCAGGCGGAGCUAACGACUUGGAUUCGUUCUGGGACUUGCUGCAAGAAGGUCGCGAUGUGCAUCAAAAGGUUCCCGCAGACAGAUUUGAUGUGGACAGUCACACCGAUCCGUCUGGCGCGAUGCGGAAUACCAGUCUGACUCCAUUCGGCUGUUUUAUUGACCAACCGGGGCUGUUUGACGCUGGUUUCUUCGACAUGUCGCCCAGAGAAGCAGCGCAGACUGAUCCAAUGCAUCGCCUCGCGCUUGUGACGGCUUACGAAGCCCUCGAACAGUCCGGAUUUGUCCCCGACCGCACAGAGUCAACCGAUAGGAGGGGUAUAUCGACCUUCUACGGCCAGUCGAGCGACGACUAUCGCGAAGUCAACGCCAGUCAGACGGUUGAUACGUACUUCAUCCCCGGGGGCUGUCGGGCCUUCGCCCCCGGGCGUAUCAACUAUUUCUUCAAAUUCAGUGGACCGAGCUUCAAUUGCGAUACGGCAUGCUCAUCAAGUCUAGCCACUAUUCAGAUUGCUUGCACAUCCUUGCUUCACGGGGACUGCAACAUGGUAGUAGCAGGAGGCCUCAACAUUCUUACGAACAGCGAUGGCUUUGCGGGACUAAGCCGCGGUCAUUUUUUGUCCAAAACUGGCGGCUGCAAAACGUUUGAUGCCACUGCAGAUGGCUAUUGCCGGGCAGAUGGCAUUGGGUCUGUUGUUUUGAAGCGGCUGGACGAUGCACAAAGAGACAACGAUAACAUUCUGGGUGUGAUCCUGAGCUCCGCAACCAACCACUCAGCGGACGCCGUCUCUAUCACACAUCCACAUGCUCCUACCCAGGCUGAUCUAUACCGUCGGGUCAUGACCGAAGCUGGUGUCAGUCCUCUUGAUGUAGAUAUGGUCGAGAUGCACGGUACCGGCACGCAGGCAGGCGAUGCAACCGAAAUCGAAUCAGUCACCUCGGUCUUCAGUCCUGCACCUCCCAACCGCACAAGGACUCGGCCACUGCACAUUGGAUCAGUCAAGGCCAACUUAGGCCAUGGAGAGGCUGCAGCUGGUAUCAUGGCGUUGAUAAAGGUUUUAUUAAGCGUGCGGAAAGGAGUUAUCCCGAAGCACGUAGGCAUCAAGACUGCUCUGAAUCCUGCAUUUCCCGAUUUGGGUCGUCUCAAUGUGCAUAUACCCCGCGAAGAAGUGACAUGGCCCCAAAGCUCGACUCGAAAACGCUAUGUGGUUGUCAACAACUUCAGUGCUGCUGGUGGGAACACUUCUGUCUUGCUGGAGGAGCCCCCCAUGCGCCAUAGGCCUGAGAAGGAUAUACGGACAGCUUUUACAGUGGCAAUUUCGGCAAAGAGUAAGGUAUCUCUGAAACGAAAUCUGGAAUCUCUCUUGACAUAUGUCAAGACCAUGCCGUCAGAGAGCCUUCCUCAUCUUGCAUACACCACGACUGCACGUCGCAUGCAUCACAACCAUCGCAUUGCCGUGAGUGGCAGUUCACCUGGAGCAAUAUAUCGACAACUCGAGAAAUAUCUCCCAACAGUGGAAUCGCAUCGACCCGUUAGUAAUACGAUUCCUUCUACUGCCUUUGUGUUUUCUGGCCAGGGAAGCUUUUACAUGGGUAUCGGACACCAGCUUUACGAAAGCCACUCAAGAUUCAGGGACUUGCUGCAUCAACUGAACGACAUCUGCUUGAGUCACGAGUUUCCUUCUAUUCUCCAGGUCAUCGCUGCCGUGCCCAGUGAGCGGCAGCCUGUCGCCGAACCUGCCCCUGUCAUUGUGCAUCUGGCAAUCACCUGCAUCAGCAUUGCGUUGUGUGAUUUCUGGGGCAGUCUCGGAGUGAAGCCAUGCGUCGUGAUUGGAGCAAGCCUUGGGGAGUUUGCUGCUCUUUACGCGGCCGGUGUUCUCUCUGCAAGCGAUGCCAUCUAUCUGGUUGGUCGCCGAGCUCUGCUCAUACAGGAGAUGUGCACUCCCAACAGUCAUGCUAUGCUGGCGGUACGCGCGACAACAGAGCAAAUCGAGAAUGCGUUGAGUGGACUGCCGUACGAAGUUGCAUGCGUGAAUGGCAUCAACGAUAUCACUUUGAGCGGCACCGUUGAAGAGAUCAGCACAGUCAAAUCUAAGAUCGAAGUAUUUGGGUACAAGUGCACCCAACUCACAGUUCCUUACGCAUUUCACUCCGCCCAGAUGGAACCUAUUCUGAACAAAUAUGAGGAAUUGUGUGGGGGAGUGACGUUCAAAGCACCCAAUUUCCCUGUGAUCUCCCCAUUGCUGGCUGACUGCGUCUUCGAUGGCCACACCAUCAAUGCAGCCUAUAUGCGAAAAGCAACGCGGUGCCCUGUUCAAUUCACCAAGGCAUUAGAUAUUGCUCGUCAGAUGGAGUUGAUCGAGGCAAAUACUGUUUGGGUGGAAAUAGGACCCCAUGCCUCCUACAGUCCGUUUGUUCGCAAUGCGAUGGCCUGGGAAACCACAUUAGUGUCAACCCUCAAGCGAGAUGAGGAUAACUGGCAUACCUUUGCCCGAAAUAUGGCACAGCUGCACAAUAUCGGAUUCAUCAUCAACUGGCAGGCAUGGCAUGCGCCCUUUGAGGCCCAGUUACGUCUGCUGGAUCUUCCAGCAUACCAGUGGAAUAACAAGAACUAUUGGAUCCAAUACAACGGUACUUGGAUGCUAGCAAAAGAUCGAAUCCCAGAAGGAAGUACCCAAGAUACCCAGGGUUCAUUACAGACUGCAUUUGUACACCAAAUCAUCGAGGAAUCUAUCGGCAAAGAUGCCGGCAAAGUUAUAGCCCAGUCCAAUAUCCUGCGAGAAGACUUCCUACAGGGAAUGGGAGGUCAUGAAAUGAACGGCUGUGCAGUCGUCACAUCAUCCGUUCACGCAGAUAUUGCAUUUACCUUGUCCAGCUACCUCCACAGCCGCAUCAAGCCCCAGUCAGCCACACCUGCGAUAAACUUGAAGAACAUGCAAGUCAAGCAAGGGCUCGUUGUGCGACAAGACCACUCCCGACCCCAGUGGAUCCAAGUGCAUGCCACAGCAGAUUGUUUGACCAAUUCGGUACAGCUCUUCUGGUACACUCUCAAUGACAAAGAAGAGAAAGCGCCAGACUAUUUUGCGACAGUUACCGCGGUGUGGGAUGACCCCGAGUCCUGGCUGGACGAAUGGUCGCCUACCUCACACCUGGUCGCUAGUAGAGUCGAGGUUCUGCAGAACCUCGCUUCCCAAGGCACAGCAAGUCGACUGACUCAAGACAUGGUAUACAUGCUUUUCGGGGCCCUGGUGGAUUAUUCAGAGAAAUACCGCGGAAUGAAGAGUGUCAUUCUCAAUGGCUUGGAAGCAACUGCAGAAGUGGUACUUGCCCCGGACGACUCAUCGGGCAAAUGGACUGUGGCACCAUACCAUAUAGAGAGCAUCGUGCAUCUUGCAGGCUUUAUCCUGAACUGCGGGAAUGCGGUUGAUCAUCGCAAGUUCUUUUAUGUGACGCCCGGGUGGAAAUCCAUGCGUUUCGCUCGCCCACUGGUGUCUGGUCGCCCAUACAUGUGCUAUGUGAACAUGAAGCCCAUUCCCAAGCAGCCUGGGUUCUAUGCCGGUGAUGUCUAUAUUCUGCAGGAUGGUGAGACCGUUGGGUUGGUUGGAGGUGUGACAUUCCGCACAUUCCCGCGCUCGCUUCUGGGACAGUUUUUCAGUCCACCCGACACGAGCAAUAUCUCCCAGCCUGUCCAUGUUGCCAGGCAGCCCCCGGUAUAUGCUUCGCAGGCUUUAGAGGUUCCAACAUCGCCGAGCCAAAGCAGUUCAGAACCACCGACUGAAGCCAGCAGUCAAACGAGCAAGGCUGGCUCUUCCUUUAUCAAACAGGAGCCAGUCCCGCCGAAUGCAUCAGCAGAGAAUUCAAUCAUCAGCCAAGCCAUGGUUCUGAUCAGCAGAGAGACUGAGAUUGAUCUUGAAGAGCUGACGGACGAUACCGAGUUCGCCUGUAUCGGGAUCGAUUCCCUGAUGUCCCUGGUAUUGGUGCAGAAAUUUGCCGAAGAGCUGCAACUGGAACUGCGCGGCUCCUUGUUUUUAGACUGUGCCACGAUUGGCGAUUUCAAGACAUGGUUGAAAGACUACUGUUGA